ACAAAAAAAUGAUUUACUACAUUACAUGCUACGCCUUCACCGAUGUUUGGUCCUCCUCCUCCUCGCACUCACCGCCCUCCCCAACUAUAAGAUAAUGGGUUGAUCCAAAUCAACAACCCAAAAAAUGAUGGAGACCUCGUUGCGCCCCAGCAGAAUCAGAAGCGGCUACGAGCCCUCCGACACCGAGAACGAAGUCGACAUCCCUCUGCCGCGAAGCCCCGCUCCAAGAAGAAACAGCAAGUCCCCUUACAGACCGCGCAGAACUUACUCCGAUCUCCACAUCUCCCGGACUAACUCCGUCGACUGCCCCUUCUCGCAGUCCGAGCGCAGGCCUUCUAAUCCUCACGAUAACCCCAUUCUCUUCACCGCUUCUGAGCGCCGGAGGUAUGCCUCUCCGCUCAAGAAAGACCGCCCUAGCUACAGCAGAAGGGCCGCAUCCGCGCCCAGGUCAAGGCUAAGGCCCAGACCCAAACACACCGAGCUGCCCGAGAUCAAUGAAACCGUCAACUUCGACAGCAUCGACUCCCUUUUCUUUUCUCGCGCCGACGGGGAUGCCAAUCAGCCGGCGCCUCUGCCUAAGCCGCCUGGCUACGUUGCUCGGAGCUCCACCUCCAGCUUUCUGAAUCAGAACACUUCGACCUCUGGCAUGAGCAGGCAGAGUAGUAAUAUAAGUGAGCGGACGAGUGCGAGCACUGCGAGGUUUGUGGCGAGCAGAAGGAAGAAUCAGUCGGAGACGACGACGUGGUUCUUCUGCAUCAAGAAGGGGUCUUGCAAGACUUCUAAGAAGUCGCCGGAGAGGGAGAGGCCCUUCGACGAGGCUUCUUUUAUCAGUAAGGCUGUUGUGCUUGAGAGCUUGAGGCCGCUCUGGGCCGACAAGCAUCAGCCUGUUUCUUUGACUGGAUUCGCUUGCCACAAGAAUGAAGCUCAGCUUCUUCACCAGCUCGCAAACAGUGAAAUGUUUCCACAUAUUUUGCUGAAAGGGCUGCCUGGUACUGGUAAGAAGGCACUCACUAUGGCUCUUCUCCGUGAGCUUUAUGGUGAUUCUGUUUGGAAUAUAUCUCAUGACUUGCGAUACUUUCAUAUUUUGGAAUCGAGGCCAAUGCAAGUAGUCGUUCCGGUAAGUUCGAGUCCUCACCACAUGGAACUCAAUGUCUACACAGAGUCUAAAGCAGCAUAUGCACUAACAGCUCUAGUGAAGCAAAUCAGCAGCGAGUUUACCGUCACCCCUGAAAUCAGUGUAGCUCCUAACAAGGCACAUUACAAAGUAUUGGUUUUAUAUGAUGUUGAUAAGGCUGCAGAGAACAUACAGCACCUCAUAAAAUGGAUCAUGGACUGUUACUCAGAUUGUUGCAAACUUAUCCUUUGCUGUGAGGACGAUGCAGACGUCCUCGACUCUGUAAAGAGCCGCUGCAAACUCAUCAGUAUUGAGUGCUCCACAACUCAUCAAGUAAUGGAGGUCCUCAUCCAGAUAGCCAAAAAGGAAGGUUUUGAGCUAUCCACAAGUUUUGCUUCAAAGAUUGCUAACAAAUCAAAGCAAAAUUUGAGGAGAGCAAUCAUGGCACUUGAAGCAUGCAAGUUACACAACUAUCCUUUUGCGGAGGACCAACAUAUACCAGUUGCAUGGGAAGAGGCCGUUGUGGAACUUGCUGCCGACAUUUUGGCAGAUCCUUCUCCAAAGAGAUUAUUUACUGUGCGGGGAAAGAUUCAAAAAAUUCUGGCGGAUUUUGUUCAUCCAAAACUAUUACUCCUGAAACUAGUUGAACAACUCCUUCGAGGAGUUGAUGCAAGUUUGAAAAGGGAGAUAUACUAUUGGUAUGCAUACUAUGAUAAGAGACUCCCUAGUGGAACAAGUGCUUUACUCAAGUUAGAAGAAUUUGUGGCCAAGUUUAUGAGCAUAUAUAGAAAGAGUUUCAGCAAUCGGCAUUAAUCGGCAUUAAUAAUGUUAGACAGAAGAUACCCCUGCAUUCAGCCAUGGGGAAGAGGUCCCUAUUUUUAAGAGGAGAUAUAUAAUUGUGAAGAGCAGUCGACCGAAUUUUUGUGGAUUAAUAUGAUUUGGGCUUCUCAUCUCUACAAGCAAAUACAUAUUAUAGAUGCCUUUUAAUAUGUCCUUUAUUUCAGAUAAGGCAUGAAUGAUGUAUCUCACAUGCAGAAUAGGACGACAAACAACGUAUGCACAUUUAACAAGCAUUGGCAGAAAGAAAGAACGAACUUUGUACGUGUAAUUAAUGUUAUUUUAUUUGAUAAUC